CGAGAAUAUACCCGCUAUAAAAGAGCACCCGAUGUGGGAGCGAGGAAACUCAAACCGUCUUCCCAAAAACUAAUCCCGACCUCCCCCACACUGCAAUAACAUGAGGCUCCUGGCACUUUUGUCCGCCGUCAGCAUGUGCGCCGCUGGCUCGGUGAUCUACGACGGGCGGGCCCCGCUCACCCUGACGCAGGCCGACCUCGACGCAUCCCGUGGCCCAUAUCUCACGGCCGUCAAGGGACAAAACCAAUCUGCGUCGCACUACUCCACCCUUCUCGGCAGCAAACGGCUGCCGACAGCACUCUGGAACCGACCGGGGAAGCCGAUCGAGCAGGCCGUCGCCGUCUCGAUCGACAGCACUUCGGUCUUUGUGCCAGGGGGUGGGGCACCGCAGCUGGGCUUCCGGCGCACGGAGCUCAUCGCGCAAGUCAACGGGAGCUCGAGCGUGUUGGAUCCCCUGAUCGAGUCGCCCGGACUCACCUCGGUGUUUCAUUUCUCCAUCAAGAUGGACGAGUCGCGGCCGCUGAAUUACAGCCACGAGUAUCAGAUUGUGUUCAUCGAGCCCAACGACGGAUCGCAUGUGUUUGAAGUCCAGCUCGGCUCGCCUUUCACGAUCCCAACCGGCAACUUACCCACCGCCGACGCACAUUCUUUCAAAAUCCGCGACCACGCCCUGAACGUCCUCUUCGAGACGCCGUUCGUGCCCUCCAAGUGGCACAACUUCGCCGUGACCGUGGACUGGUCGAAGCUGACGCUGGCGGUCGCAUAUUCCGUCGAUGGAGCGCAGCUCAAAGACGUCAGCGGAACCAAGGCCAACUCGGGCGUCACCGCGGGCGCGUUAGGCGAUUUCCACUUUGGUGUCCUGAAGCUUCCUAUCGCGGACCCGUCCGACACUGCCGCUCAUCAAGGAGAUGUCGUGCAUUUCGGUAUCCAGGAGGCAAAGAGCGAGGCGUUGUUGUACUCAGGGGUGUUUGUCGAAACACUCUGAUGAUCUAAUUGCGAUUAGUACGAACGGAUACAAGCUGUUGGUCUUCGAAUCAGCGUAAUAACUAAUUGCUAAAAUCAAAGAUGAAGCGGGCACUAUCGUGAGAGCGCGUCAACGUCAGUGACGCGAGGGACUGGAAAUGCUACCUGAUGAUCUUUAAUUGCCGGCAUGAAGAUCACUCUCGAGUAGACUCUCACUGUGUGACUAUAUGAGAGUUCGAGAGACUGGAGAAUCCGUGUAGAUCACGAAUGCCCAAGGAUAGCCCAUCCUCGAAAG